CUUUCCGAUCGCCGGAGUUUACCAAAUCCGACGCCGUUUUCUCCUCCGAUCACAAUGGCACCACCACCUCCGGAGGCGGCGGUUCACUCUCCUUCAUCUCCCCAAUACACUCAACAAUUCUUAAGCAACGUUCUCUCCCAACGAGGUCCUUCUUCUCUCCCUUACUCCGAAGACGUCAAAUGGCUGAUCCGUCAACACCUCGUUUCGUUAAUCGACAUGUGUCCUUCUCUUCAACCCAGAACCGCUACUUUCACUUACAACGACGGCAGGACUGUGAAUCUCCUUCAGGCGAACGGCACCGUUCCGAUGGUCUAUCUAGAUGCAACCUACAAUAUUCCGGUCAUUAUUUGGUUACUGGAAUCUUACCCUCGUCAAUCACCGUUGGUAUUCGUGAACCCCACGCGUCAUAUGGUCGUCAAAGACUCGCAUCCAUUUGUGAACUCUUCUGGUAUUGUUUCGAUCCCUUAUUUGACAAAUUGGGUAUACCCAAGUUCGAAUCUUGUUGAAUUAGUUCGUAAUUUGAGUAAUUUUUUUAGCCGUGAUCCCCCUUUGUACACCAAACGGAACCCGAACCCGAAUCCGCAUCCUCCUCCGGGUACUAGUUUUUCGAAUAGUGGGUCGACUCGACCCGCGAUACCACCUCGGGUGUAUCCACCAUCACCUUAUGGGAGUGGGAGUGGUGGGGUAGUGGGGAGGAAAAUGGAUGAUCGGUCGGAGGUGGAUAAGAAGAAUGCAAUAGAUGAGCUUAUGGUGAAACUGCAUAGUGAUAUUGAAGGGUUGGGGAAGGCGAGGGAGGCGGAUAUGGAAGGGUUGUUUAAUGCACAAGGAGUGUUGAGGCGUCGAGAGGAGGAGUUGAGGAAAGGGGUUAAGGAAAUGCUGGAUGAAAAGGAGGGAUUAGAGCAGCAAUUACAGAUGGUUUUGAUGAAUACUGAUGUGUUGGAAGGGUGGGUUAGAGAUAACGAAACGAAAGUGAAGAAAAUAGGGAAUGUGGAUGUGGACGAGGCGUUUGAGCUUUGUGAUAGACUUUCAAAACAGAUGUCGGAUUGUAAUGCCUCGGAUUUGGCUAUGGAGGAUGUGAUUUAUUCGAUGGAUAAAGCUAUACAGGAUGGGGCAAUUCCUUUUGAUCAGUACUUGAGGAAUGUAAGGUUGUUGUCGCGUGAACAAUUCAUUCAUCGUGCCACGGCUUCAAAGGUUAAGGCUGCUCAGAUGCAGGCUCAAGUUUCUCAUAUGGCUUCUAGGCUGUCUCAAUAUGCUUUGUCAUAGAUGUUGAAUUUUACUUGGAUUAUGUGUGCACUAUGGACAGAAGAGGUUAGUUUU